AUGCGUUUUCUAUCCGUCUCUUUGGUCCUUAGUGGGUUGACCACUUUGGUGUACGCAGCGGGGUUCGCCGAGCUCGCUGCUCAGUUGCCUGCAUGCGGUCUCCAAUGUGUUUCUGAGUCGGUGCCAAAAUCACCAUGCGAACUCACGAAUUCAACAUGUCUUUGUGUCGAUCCGACAUUCCUCGGCCUGACGCAAGCGUGCGUGGCUAAGAGCUGCUCGGUGAAGGAAACAUUGACCAUGGUUCGAAUUCAAAAUGUUGCAUGUGGCGUCCCGGUCAAGAGCCAACAAACCCGGUUCAAAAUCCACGCGAUCGCUGCUUGUGUCUUGGCCGAGAUUUGUGUUAUCCUGAGGAUCUUUUCAAAAGUUCAUAUUCACGGGAAGCUUGGGGCCGAUGACUACUUCAUCAUCAUUGCGGGAUGUGCGACUGUUCCGUACCUAUAUCUGCACUGCACAUUGGCCGACCUCGGUUUUGGUUUACAUAUCUGGGAUAUCCAGCCUUUCGACAAUCUGUACCGACUGCUACAAUACUUCUGGCUCGACGAGAUGAUGUACAGUAUUCAUCUGUACAGCACCAAAUUGUCCAUUCUUUGCUUCCUUUGGGGUAUCUUCCCGGCCCGUUCAUUCAGGAGAAUGGUUCUAGCCAUGGGGAUAUUCACGAUUAUGAGCUUUGUUGCCACGGUACUCACAACUGGACUUCAGUGCCUACCUGCCUCUUACAACUGGACUAGUUGGGAUGGCGAACACACGGGUCGUUGCAACGAUCUCAACAUACAGACAUACGCUUUCGGUGCAAUCAACAUGGUUUGCGACAUUUUGAUCCUGCUUAUGCCUUUGCCGGAGCUCUACAAGUUGCAGGUCAAGAGCCGUCAAAGAAUCCAGCUGUUCGUCAUCUUUAGUCUCGGAACCAUUGUCACCGUCUUCAGCAUUAUUCGUCUACCAUUCCUGGUAAAUCUUGGAAAGACAACGAACCCGACAUGGGACUACGUCGAGGUUACUAUCUGGUCUGUUUGGGAAACUGAACUUGGUAUGGUUUGUGCCAGCUUGCCUGCGAUCCGACACCUUUUCAAGCAUUUCUUCCCAAAUGCCAUGCAGACUAUCGCCGCCAAGAUGACAUCGGCCUUGAGCAGCAAUCGCACAGGCCAGGAGAAAAGCGGCAACUGGAGUGCGAGCAACAGCCGCAAAGAUCGAUCCAUCAACCGCGACAACAAGGCAUACUAUGAGCUGGACGAGCGGUCUCUAAUUGGUAAAGGCGCGGGAGGUACAUCCUUUGCCAGUGCAACUGCCGUCAAAGCCUCAGCUUCGAACUGCUCCUAA